AUGGCCUUGAAACUUAACACAAUGGAUAGAAGAGCAUUGAUUGAAAAAUUCCAUCAAAUGGAUAAAAAUUGUGAUGGCGUUUUAACACCGUCUGAAAUUCGACUCUGUGUUCAGCGAUCCGGUCUACCGCCAUCGAAAGUUGAUGAAUUUCUACGUUUGUUCGAUUUAAGCGGUGAUAAUAUGAUUACACUUCAAGAAUAUAUUUGUGCGCUUGGUUUACAACCACCACCGCCAAAAGAUGUUGAACAAUGGAGGAGAACCUUUAAUGAAGUCGACCAAGAUAGAUCAGGACAAUUAUCACUAGAUGAAAUCAGAAACGUUUUACGGGAACUAGGAUAUCGUCGUGUAUCUGAGGACGCUUUAAAUCGUUGGAUGCAAAGUGUUGAUAAGAAUUGUGAUCAAAUGAUUGACUUCUCUGAAUUCAGCGCAUUUCUUUACGAAAAUUGGCAAGAAUAA